CUGAGUCCGACGAGUGGGCGGGUGAGUGAGUUUGAGGAAAGGGAGUUUGUUGCUGGUAUUCCAGGUGGAGGUGUAGAUGAGCCUCUUGUGACAGAUGCGGAGAGAAGGGAGGAGGGGUUGGGGGGGUGGUAUGAUAUACGACUCACGACCGCUUUUUGGUCGUUUGGGAUAUCUGUCGCGAUGCAAUUCAGAUGUUUCCAGCGUCGUCCUCACCGCCGCCAACGACCUCGUCGGGUCCCGUGCAUCAACCGGGUUAGUCUUAUUCGCAUACACCGUCCCCGCCGUCUGCGUCCGAACAUUCGUCCCAUACCUCCCUCCAUCACCCCUCUCCUACCUCCCCUUCGGCCGUUCCUCUCGCGCCAAACGCCGUAACUCAAAUAUCCCCCCUCACGAACGGGACAACAUCACCACCAACGACCGUGGCCUAACAUCCGAAAUCAACUACCCAGCCCGUAUCCUCAUCUGCGCUACCUCCUCUUUCAUCGGUCUACAACUUCUAGCAUGGUGCUCCAACCUCCCUCUCCGACUUCUCGGGAUCUCGCUCGCCUCCGUAUCGUCGAAUCUUGGUGAUAUGUCGUUCUUCCAACUCACGACUCGGUAUCCCCUCAGCCCACAUCCGGCGUUUGGGGGAUACGCCGCUGGAGGCGGAAUGGCAGGUUUGUUGGGUGCUGCAUACUACACGUUCAUGACCACCACUCUCCGUCUCUCGCCCAACAUCGCACUCUCCCUCACCGCGGCUGGACCCUGUGCCUUACCCUUCGUGUACGGGAUCCUGCUGCCGGGCCCGAAGGGGGUGGAGAAGGUUGUUGUGGAGCAGAUGGGUGGUGUUGGCGGGAAGGGUGCGAGGAGGGGGAGUGUUAUUGGGGAGUUGGAGUUGAGGGGGAAGUUGGGGUUGGUGAGGGAGUUGGUUUGGGGGUAUAUGAUGCCGCUUGCUACGCUCUUCUUUAUCGAGAACAUACUUAACCAGGGCGUAUUACCGACCUUGGUGUUUUAUACGCCCAUUCGGGGAGCGUUCGAACACCUCUUCCACAACCCCCGAGAUUUCUACCCAAUCUACAUGACCCUCCACCAACUUCUCGUCUUCCUCGCCCGAACCUCAAUCUCCUUCUUCCGUCUCCCAUUCUCCUCAACACACUCUUUCCCACUCUGGUCCCUCUCCAUCCUCGACCUCGUCAUCUUCGCUCUCCAAUUCGGUGAAUCGGCGAGUAUGAAGGGCGCGACGGGGGAGAGUGGGAGGGAGUGGUAUGGUGUUGGGGCAGUGAUGGUUGGGGUUGCGGUUGUUGGGGCGAAUGGGGGGUUAGGGAUGAGUAAUACGUAUUGGAAGUUGGGGAAGGAGUCGUUGCCUGAGGGUGUUUGGAGGGCUUUGGCGCGUGCGAGGGCGAGAGUUGGGGCUAGGGGAGGGGAUUAUACCGAGCUCCCGGAUAGUGACGAAACGGAUGAAUCGUCGGAAAUGUACGACUCCCAUAACACCUGGACCACAGCCACCGCCGAUUCCGCAACCGCAUUCCUCGAACUCCCUACGCAGACAAAGAUAGGGCCGAGAAAUGCGGAAGAAGAGACUGCGGUACGGGAAUUUUUGAUUAGUACGAUUGCCCCAGCUGAUACAUUUGCGAUCUUGAUGGGAAGUUUUGUGGCGAUGGGGGUGCAGAGUUUGUUGUGUGGGUGGCAGGUUGAGGCGGGGAGGGAGAUUUGUCGGAUGCAUUGAGGUGGAGGGUGUUAUGGUGGGUGUUUUUGUCGGAGAUGGCGAGAAGGCCGUUGCAUGUCUCGCAAAUUUUGCUCGGGGUUUGUUUGAGGAGAUGGGAUUGGGGAUAGAUCUAUGCUAGGGGAUAUAUGGUGAUGGCUAAACGUGGGAAUUUGGAGGGGAUCUCUUGAUAUAUGGACAGUUACUGCUCAGGUCGUUUGACAUAAGUACAAGAGAUUCUGUUUGCAAAUCUUCAAGAA